UAAUAAGUAAAAUGUUGAGAUUUCUAUCCCGAAGAAGAGUCCGCGGUGUCAACGGACAAACCGCAUCGCCACAGAUUAAAAAUCAACGAUUACUUAGUAAUAAAAAUAUUAUACAGUGCCAAGUUAUAUUGCUUGAUGGUACUGACUUGCCUAUUGAAUUAUCUAAAAAAGCUUUGGCUAGUGAUUUAUAUGAACAAGUAUUUUAUAGUCUAGAUUUGAUUGAAAAGGAUUACUUUGGAUUGCAGUAUACUGAUAGUAAUAAUGUGCAGCAUUGGUUGGAUCCUACUAAACCUAUUAAGAAACAAAUUAAAAUUGGACCACCUUAUACGCUGAGACUCAAAGUCAAAUUUUAUUCAUCGGAGCCCAAUACUCUUAGAGAAGAAUUAACUAGAUACCAAUUUUUUUUACAACUCAAACAAGAUAUUUUAGAGGGAAAACUUUAUUGUCCUCACAAUGUUGCUGUGCAAUUAUCGGCUCUGGCAUUGCAAUCUGAACUAGGAGAUUAUGAUUCAUCAAUACACACAGCGGCAACAGUUUCAGAAUUUCGUUUUGUGCCUGGACAAACAGAAGAAAUGGAACUGGAGAUUUUGGAUGAAUAUAAAAAUUGUUCAGGCUUGAGUCCAGCUCAAGCUGAGUCGUCGUACUUAAGUAAAGCCAAGUGGCUGGAUAUGUAUGGUGUUGAUAUGCACACGGUGCUGGGUAAAGAUGCUUGUGAGUAUUCACUAGGUCUUACACCAACAGGAAUAUUAGUAUUUGAAGGGAAUCAGAAGAUCGGUUUAUUCUUUUGGCCAAAGAUCGGGCGAUUGGAUUUUAAAAAAAAGAAAUUGACUUUGGUUGUUGUUGAAGAGGAUGAUGAAGGUAGAGGAGAACAAGAGCAUACAUUUGUUUUUCGACUUGUUAAUGAAAAAGCUUGUAAGCAUUUAUGGAAAUGUGCUGUUGAACACCACGCAUUCUUCCGGUUGCGUGCGCCGGUAAAGGGCGCGAGUAGCCGUCAAAAUUUCUUCCGCAUGGGCUCACGUUUUCGUUACAGCGGAAAAACUGAGUUUCAAACAACUCAGUUGAACCGUGCACGACGUACCGUUCAAUUUGAACGCCGACCGAGUCAACGUUACGCGCGGCGACAGAGUCACGUUCUGCGUGAACGGCAACGUCAUCAGCCAGAACCUCAAGUGCCACAGGCAUCUAAUGUCCAAUUAGAGCCAUCAUUACAACGUCAGUCGAGCCAUUCUAGUUCAGAAUCAUCAGCUGUAAGUGUUAUCCAGCCUACAACAUCAACAGCAUCAACAUCACCACUUGUUGACUCGUUACUAAAAUCAUUAGCAAAAGAUCCUCAGCCUUUGGAGCUUAAAAAUCAGACGGCAAGUGUUACAACACCGGAAAAAGAGUCUGAACAAAUGAAAACAAAUUUAAUUGUCGAAAGUAUUAAUUCUCCACCUCAAUCACUGCCUAAUAAUCAAAUCGGUGGUACUUUAUUGCUAUCAGCUCGAUCGCCAAUACCACCAGAGUCACUAAAGUGCAAUAUAUUAAAAGCUAAGUCUCUGGAGGUGGAAAAAAAUUCAAAUCUUGUAUCUAUUACAUCGACAGACAGUACAAGUUUAUGUUCGAUUAAAAAUCAACAUUCCGAUGCAGCAACUAUCGUCUCUGUGGGAGGCGAUAAAUUAACUCUCAAUGUCAGUGGAGUAGCGCCGUUAACUCCAAGUCCGCCACCAACCGAUGAUACUGUCACUGUUACCCACUUUUCGCUAGACAACUGGGGACAAAUCGCUCAGAAGACAACACCGUUUAGCAAUAAAUUAACAAAUUCAUCACAAAAUCCAUUCAAUCCAUUUAACAGUGAUACUUGUACCACUGAAAGCAGUAUUACUACCAGCGUCGAGGAAAUAACAGAGGCCAAAUGUGAUGAUAGCAAUGAAAUUAAAAAUGAAAUUAAAAAUACAAAUCCAUUUAUAGAUUCAAACCCAUUUUUGGGUUUACUUAAUCCAUUCAAAGACAUACCAACGGUGCUAGAUAAAAUAAUUGAAAAAGAAGAAGAAGAAUGCAAUGGUACUAUUCCUACUGUAACUGAACCUGAACAAGUGCCUUUAACUACUUUAAUUACUACUAGUACUUGUACUACUACUGCUAGUACUACUACUACAUCUAGUACUGCUGUAACCACUAUAUUUACACGUGCGGAUUCUUGUACCACUGCCUCUGAUAUCAGUCCUUGGUUGGUUGCGGAGCCAGCGCAAAACAGCAAAACACAUCAACAAAAUCUUACAAUGAAGACUGUUAUUACAACGCAGCUAUGAAAUAGUAUUUUUUUACCAGAUGAGACGAUAGUUAAUGAGUCUGGUAUUUUUGAAAUAAAUGUUAAUUAACUAUUAUUGAAUUGUACUACAGUCAAAUUCACCUGAUACAAUUAAUACUUUUAUGUUAUACGAAUAUAAUUUUGCAUUUAUAUUUGAUGGGACCAAUGGCAGCUUUUAUUUCCCAGACGCGUAGGCAUUAUAUAAAAGCUUUUAUUAAAUUAUAAUUUUUUAAUAACUAUAAGAUUUUAUAAAAAAAAAAUAUAUACAUAUAUUAUUAUUAUUAUUAUUAUACAUAUUAAUAAGCGAAGAACAAAUAAAUGAAAGUAAAUUUUAAUUAGAUAAAGAUUUACUUUAUAAUUACCUUUUAGUAUAAAAAAGGACGAGUAUUUAUUUAAUUAUAUUGAAAGUGAUAGCAAAUUAUUGUUAUUAUAAUAUUAAGUACAUUAAAUAAAAGAAAACAACAUUGCUUCAACCAAGAGAAAAAUUUAUUCGGAGAAAAGAUAUGUAUGUAGGAGAAGGAAAUCACUAGUGCUGGGCAGCAUCAGCGGGGGUAGUUCCGUGCUCGCCACGAGAUGCCGUCCCGAAGAGCUCGAAAAUGUAUUUACAACGGUGUUUUCGAGUUCCUUGAGCUCGAAAACAGCAGGAAGUUUUGGGGCUGGCCCGCAGGGUCAACUGAUAGACCGAAUUUUAUUAUUCAUUUUAAGAUGUUUUAUGAGAUGUAACAAAUAAAACCUUUCAAACGAUAACUAUUUGUAAAAAAAAAUGUAUUUUCUAUUUUAUGAAUCGUAA